AUGACCAACCACUCCAGCAGAAACAGCCUCGUUGGGGCAAAGGCUCUGACAUUGGUAUCUCUCCUGUCAACCCGUGCCAUCGCAGAGCAUAACUACGUCGUGGCUAAGGAAGUCGUUGUGACACAAUACUUUGAGUGGCCAGGACAAUGUCCCAAUAUCUGCGGUAUAGCUCCUAAGACGACGGCGGCACAUCCAGAAUAUGUCACUCUCACUUUACCUCUCUGCGGCUGUGGUUCAGCGGAUCUUGUAUCAACAAAGGCACCAAGCCGUCCUGGAUAUCCCGGAACCAUCUUUCAUUUCGAGCCCACACAUAUCCCGUUCGUUACCGGCAAAGUUACAGGAGAGUGCUCUACUCCAACCGUUUUCACCAAACUCCCGAAGGACGAAUACGAAGCCGGAUCGGUAGUAAUUUGCGAACCUAAAGGCCAAGGAGGCAACACUGGCGAAGAUUCAACAGUCACUAUUACUCUCCCCGGAGCACGUGGUGACGGACCUAGAAUUACUCUUCAGCCGGCGGUCCCUGGCGCACCGACGACGGUUCUUAUUGGCGUUCCUGGAUUUAGAGACCACAUCCCAACUAUUACCGUCCCUGGUGCCGGUGCCGGUGCUAAAACCAUAACUGUUAUUCCAACUGGUGCGAAUGGAAAGCCCUUGCCUGGAGCUGGCCCAAUUGCUGUUGUGGGCAGUCCUGAGGGCAACAGUCCAGUGAUACCUUUGCCCGGUGCUAAGCCAGGCCAACCGCGGGUUACUCUGCCACCCACGGCACCAGGCAAGGCUCCUGUCAUCGUGUAUGGAGAUAUUGGUAGCCUGGGAGAUUCUGAUGCAAAUACAGGUGUUCCAAAUUCUGGAAGUAUUGGUGGCUAUCCUAACGAGCAGACACCUUAUGGGACAACUGGUGGCCCAGGAAUGGGUAACACCGGCCCCAAGGGUACUAAAGGCUCUAAUGGUAAUGGCCUAGGCACCGGCGGCGCAGGAUCCGGAAAUCCAGAAGGCGGAAAUCGUCUGACCGGAGUAUCAAGUAACGGGAAAACUGGCCCUGCGGCAGACACAGACAACGACGGACGCCCAGAUCUCAGCCUUCAAGCCGGUACUCCAGUGGACAUAAACAGAGAUGGAAAGCCAGAUACCGUCGUUGGGUCCAAUGGAGGCAUCGAUACUGAUAAUGACGGCAAACCCGACGUUUACGUCUUACCAGAUGGCUCUAUAGAUACGAACGGAGACGGGAAGCCAGAUACUACAGUUCAGCCAGGUGGUCUCGUAGACACCGACGGCGAUGGAAAACCCGACAUUGCAGUCGGACCUCAAGGCCCGAAAGUUGAUACAACUGGUGACGGCAAACCCGACACAUUAGUUGGCCCUGGUGCCGGUGUCGACACGAAUGGCGACGGCAAACCAGAUACCAUUGUUGAUUCUAACGGCGGAGUUGACCUCGAUGGAGAUGGCAGGCCUGACAUUAGUGUAAAUCCCAACGGGGGCGUUGACACCAACGGGGAUGGCACGCCGGACACCACCGUCGGACCAGGAGGAACCAUCGAUACCAAUGGAGAUGGUACGCCUGAUGCCAAUAUCGGAGUUGGGGGAAGUGUUGGUGGCGUUGGGGGGAAGCCGCGUAUCAAUGCUGCUGGCAAGAUCGACACGAAUGGAGAUGGGGUGCCGGACACGACUGUUGGCGGAAAUGUUGAUAGCAAUGGUGACGGUGUUCCGGAUAUGCCUUUGGGGGCGUCUGGGGCGCCUAACAAUGCUGCUGCGGGAAGUGGAAACGACAACUCUGGGGGGAAUGAUGGAAACUCUCCUGACAGUGCGGGAGGAAACAGCAAUUCUCCUAAUAAUGCGGGUGAGAAUGGCAAUUCUCCUAAUAAUGAGGGAGGAAAUGGCAAUUCUCCUGAUAAUACGGGUGGUAAUGGCGGCUCUCCUAGUAACUCUGGAGGAACGGGUAACUCGGGAGACAACAAUGGGGGUACCGGUGGCUCACCUAACGAAAAUGGAGGUGGUAAUAACUCGCCAGACAAUAACGGCGGAAAUGGCAGCUCUCCUGAUAAUACGGGAGGAAGUGGUGGCCCUGCAGACACCGGUGACGGUACCGGUGACAACUCUGGAGACAAUGGCGGUGCCAAUGGAUCCCCCAAUGGAGUCGACAAUGGCAACGGCAAUACUGGCGGCGAGGGAGGUGGAAAUCCUAGCUCCAGCGGCUCCACGGGGAAUCCCGACACAGGGGCCAAUGGAGCAAAUGGCAAUGAAGGUGGAAAUGAAGGCAAUAAUAACUCUGCAGAGAACCCGGCGUCAGGCGGUGCCGGCGGUGACACGGGUGACGCCGGCAGCAACGGAUCCGGAGGUUCUAAUGGGGAUGGUUCAGCUGGUGCGUCCGGCGGUGAUGGAGGUGACAAUGGAAGUGACCCUGGAAACAACGGCUCUGGAGAUAACGGAGCGGCAGGGAACGCAGACGGCAACACGGGUGAUAAUACAGGAACGGGUACCAAUGGUGAUGGCGGUUCUAAUGGGGGUGGUUCCGAUGACAAUGGUGCCGCUGGAUCAGGUGGAGAUAAUGGAGGGACUUCUGGGGCCGGAGGCUCUGAUGAAGGCUCUACCGAUACUGGGAAUGGAGGGAAUGGAAGCGGUACGGACUCUGGAGCAGGAGGUUCCACUGGCGGGAGUGGCGGCGACUCGGGUACAGAUUCAGGCUCUGGGGGCGCCAAUGGAGACACAGGAUCUGGUUCUGGAACUGAAUCUGGAGGUGAUAACGGAGCAAGCAAUGGAGGCUCGGGAUCUGGAGGUGAUAAUGGAGGAUCUGGCUCCGCGGGUGGAAAUGGAGAAGCAGCCGGCUCUGAUUCCGGAUCCGGAGGCGGCAGCGGCAAUGAUUCAGGUUCAGAUUCAGGUUCUGGAGGUGGCGCCGACAGCACAAAUGGUGGCUCAGGAUCCGGCUCAGACGGAUCUGGAUCUGGAGGCGGCAAUGGCAACGGGUCAGGUUCAGAUUCCGGUGCUGGAGGUGGUGCUGGAGGUACAAAUGGUGGCUCAGGGUCCGGUUCAGACUCCGCUUCUGGCUCUGGUGGAGGAAAUGGAGGAGAUUCUGGCUCUGACACUGGAUCUGGCUCUGGAGGUGACGCCGGCGCAGGUGGCAGUUCUACUUCUGGUUCUGGCGGAGGCGAGGGCUCAGGAUCCGAUUCAGGUUCGGACUCGGGAGGAGGCAGCGGUGCAAGUGGUGGUGCAGGCGGAGGUUCAGGCGGUGACACAUCUGGUUCUGGUUCUGGUUCUGGUUCUGGAGGUGACACUGGCGGUGCCGGCUCCGGAUCAGGAGGAGACGCUGGUUCAGGCUCUGGGUCAGACGGUGGUGCGAACGGAGGCGCUGGUGGUUCAAGCGGUUCGGGUUCCGGAGGAGGCUCGGGCUCGGGAUCGGGAGGCGGCUCCGGUGGUGGAUCCGGCGGUGGAUCCGGCGGCGGUAGUGCUGCAGGUUCCGGGGGUGGAAGCGGAGGAGGGAGCGGAGGGGGGAGUGGUAGUGGAGGAGGAAGCAAUGGAGGAAGCGGCAGUGGUAGCGGCAGUGGUAACGGAGGAGGCAGUGGAAGUGGAAGUGGAAGUGGAAGUGGUGGUGGAAGCGGUGGUGGUAGCGGUGGUGGCCUUUUCGGGUUCUCCUAA